AUGUUUCUGCUUGCGUUUACCAUCAACGAAUUCCCCACGAAACGAGCUGCGGCUGUGCGACCUGUGUCCGGACAGUUGCCUGGCAACGGGUGCGCGAUAUCUUUACCCAGUUUGACCUUGUCAUCAAGCUUUAAUUUUGUCCCAGAAGUAAAGAUCAGCACUGCUUCUACGAUGAGUUUGUUCAAUAGGAUUCUUUCCAUCGGUGAUGUGCUCUCAAGGCUACCUCAACUAGAUGCUCAGGUGGAUAAGUUGGAAGCAGAAGAUUCGAUUAGUCACGAGAACUCUCAGCUAAGACGAAGUUUCACGAGAAGAUGUCAUGAACUUUAUAAACAGAUUGAAGAGCACAAAAAACGAAUUCGAGAUGUAAAGGCGAAAGAAAGCACCGAGGAGCAGCGGAUGACAGCUUUGGAACAGCUUGAAGACCUUCAAAUUCGCCUCCUUCGGCUGGCUCCGGAACGGGAUAGGCCAAGCGACGUGGUGUCCCGAAGUAGUGAAGGAGAAACUUCUGGAUGGACAACUGACAAGUCGACUCGAGAGAAGACUCCUAUCACGUACGAGUCCUCAAAUUUGAGUAUUCAGGAGACACCCGUGCUAGUGCACUCCCCACAACCACAAGUUCCUAUCGUAGAAAACAGAAGGACUAGCGUGAUGUAUGAUGCCGCUUCGCAGGAUGAGGAGGAGGAAGAGGACGAGGAGGAUGAAGAAGAGGAAGACGGACAAGGAAAGGAGAAAGCCAACGCUGUUGUUCGAAAUCCGGGAAAGAAUAACCAAGAUGAGUCGCAGCCGAAAACUACAAAAGUUUCUCACCUUCCUCCGCAUCCGCAACCACGGAUUGAGAGACGCGCGAUGUCUUCGGCUUCAUCUUCUCCAGAGAGCAGAGGUGUAUCAGGCGCUGUCGUUCCCGCCAGAAGUGCAACCGGAGAUGCACAGUUCCGUUCUAAUGCAGCGAAGUCUCAAACCCGAGGAGCAGCUGUUGUGGACAGUGUAUUUAUUGUGUUAGCUAGCCUAAAAGCAGCAGAGUCUGGAGACCUGACGAUCAACGAAGGAGAGAGGUUAAGGAUAGUACAAACCAGACCUGAUGGUUGGUGGACAGCCCAAAAUGCGAGUGGUAAAAGAGGCCUAGUACCAAAAACAUAUCUCCGUCAACUCACUGCUGUGGACGACGAAAAUGGAGUAAGAGAUUACUCUGCUGAACAGAGAACACGCGCUGCUCGCACCGUUUCUGGCUCCUCUGCUGACGUCCCGCAGCCGAACCCAUUAGCAGUAGAACAGAUUCCCAGGCGUGCGCGUUGUUUGGGAGAUGCUCAGCAGCUUGAUCCACAUCUGUCAUUCGCAUGCCAUCUGACGCCUCGUCUGAGUCAUUCGAACAUCGGUUUUCAUGAUUUGUACUGGAACUACCAAGAUGACAAGCUUCGAAAGCGACGAGUCAGGGUAUCAAAAUUGGUGCGACUUAUUCGUCUGGAGGGUAUGCCGAAAGAGAGCGCAAUAAGUUUGAUUCGGACUGCUCUCUACGAUCGAAGCAGAAAAACUGGCAGGCAAAUAGUAAGCAAUGUCCAUACAGUUCGAUCACAGGUGAAGAAUCGCACCUGGACCUUUAACACACGGACGGAUACUACUUCGUCUGGAGUGGAUUAUGGAGACUUCAUCGUUCGCUCUAAUUACAACAUGGACGACGUUGUGCUGCUGAUUGAAGCGUCUCACGUUGUUCAAGGACAAGAAGGACUUGAAGAAAGAAGUCUUGGAAUUAUAACAAUACCUCUCAUUGCUAAUGAUACUGUUGUGAUUACCAACAAGACCUAUUCUGAAUUCCUGCGAGGAGAAAACGUUUUUGAUCGAGCGACGAGCGGUGGAGCUCUGACUGAGUGCAGAAUAGUUCUGAAGGUCCUGGAUGUUCCACAAGAGUUGGUCCCAUACGUCGAUUCAAUGCCUGACGUACUCUUAUUCAAUCCUAUGUUCGUGAGAUUGUACUUCUUUUUCCGACGACGUGCCGGCACAACACUAUUGCGCGACAGGGACAAUCCUUUAAGUGCAGAGAUGUUAUCUGAUCCACUGUUGGCGCUGUUCCCUUAUGUGGCAGAUCAACCGGACAUGAUGGAUCAUCUCAGACAUUUGUGGAAUGCUAAGUUGAAAACUGUGAAGAACAAGGCCGGGCAAGAUGUUUUCCACGUGUCAUCCCCGGGUACACCAUGUCCACUUCGGAGUAAAGUUCUUCAUUAUGGCAUACCAACAGCCAAAAGUAGCCUAGCAGUCGUCUAA